AGCUAUCAUUCGCCAGAUCGGCAGGGCCUACUGUCUAUAUAUAUCGCGCCAAAGUGCCGCGUGCGCCGCAACGAAGCCGCCCUACCACUUCAAGUUGACCUAGGGGGUGAGAGAGGGGUCACGGUCACGGUGCCGCUGCUUGGUUCAAGUUCGACUCGGAGAGCUUUCCACUGCAAAAAAGGCUUCUCGCGCGAUAUAUCACAAAUCCGAGACGCGCGCGAAGUAACGUACACAUUACAUUUCUAGUGUGUUUCAUUUCCUAGCGUCAUGCCUGGACUUACACCCCCGACCGGGGAUCGUUGCCGUCUUGAAGAGUUCACGCGAUGCUCGGACAGUCUCCUUUGGAAGCUGAUGAUGUCAUUCUAUGACCGGAAUGGCGUUGAAUCAUGGAGUCAGGGAAUUGUGCCUCAUUUCAUUACCUGCAAUGCGUUCAUUGGACGUUUGGAACGGCGAUAAUGCGAAAAUUUUAUUUCAACUUGCUAAAUUAGGCGCAUAUGCAAAAGUACUCCUUGGGUUUCUUCAUGAUUGCACAUGUGCAAACAGCAAAAUUCCACUAAAUAAAACAGAACCGCUCUACAUAAUUGAGCUGGGGGCGGGUUCCGGCAAAUUCUCUUUUUUUAUACUCCAGGUAAGUAUUCACAGUGACCAUUCUUCAUUGUGUGGGCAUGAAUAGGCAAUCAAAGAACUUCCGGAGGUGUUUGAGUUUCCUGCAGAGAAAGUCGUGUAUGUUAUGACUGAUUUCACGUGGAACAAUUUGAAAUUUUGGAAUGACCAUGAAAGCUUCCGUCCAUAUUUAGAUUGUGGUCAGCUUGACAUCGCUAUAUUUGAUGCAGUACAUGAUGAAACCAUCAGGUUUAUUGUAUGGUCUUCUGCACAAUUAUCUCGCGCUUCUUUAGGCUCCACCAUUCAAAUGUGGUAAUUGGUCGUAGCACGCUAAAGAAUCCUAUUUGUGUUAUUGCAAAUUAUCUUUUUGACACCCUUUGUCAUGACAUUUUUCAAGCAAGUGCCUAUAUUAUCUCAUUAUUUACAAACCACUAUGCCUGGAAACAUAGAUUGAAGCUGGUCAACUUAAAGAAGGGCUGAUAUCUGUCGGGUCGCGCAAUCUAUUCGAAACAGAUGCAUUGGACCCUGAAAUAAUCAAGCGAUUCGACAAUCACUUUACGUACCGGGUUAUCAAUGAAAAUUACUACGCGGAGAGUGAACCAGAGGAUUCUUGUCAUUUACGACGGAUUUUGCGGUAAUAGUAAAGCUAAAUCGGUAUGCGUGCAUCUUGGAUGUUUUAGGUGGUAUAGAGAUUUCUUUGGAGAUGCUUCAGAUGAAGCAUCGAUACUCCUGCCCAUAGGCGCCUUGAGAGCCCUUAGGCGACUGACCUCCUUCUCUUGUGAGCAUUUCUGGUGUAUGGCGUAAGUUACCUCGCAGGUGGUCGUGCCCUUGUCCUUUCCGGAGACAAAGGAAAUAAUAAUCACGAACAGCAUGCGCAGCGCGCAAACUGUAUUGUUUUUUAUCUUGUUCUUUAUUAGGUUUCGAGGGCUAAACGACCCUCACGUGGCUGUGCAUGGAUCAUUUUCGGUGAUGGUCAACUAUCAUGCGAUCGGACUAUAUUGCACAAGCCGUUCAGGCUUUGUUCUGCACGAUCCUCAGGAGGAAGCGUCACUGAAAGUCUCUGUUUUAGUAUUUACAAACCAAGAAGACGCCGUGCUGGCUACAUUCCAGCCAUCAACCAUGGGUCAUCAAAGCUCACCAUUCUAUGAUUUAGGGCGUGUUCAAAUCCAUAAUUGGGUUGGGAGUGAUGUGGAGCGCCUUUCAGCCGUACAGUAGCAAGCCAAAGUCAGGUAAAUUCUUACUUCACAAUUAUAGGCGCGCUCACUCGCAUUUCCUAAUCUUUGUCGAGCUUUCUCUGAUUCUAUUACUUCAUUUGGUCCUAACGACUUUUUUGUUGUUCAAAAGAGCAUGAAGGACGACACUGAGCGUCCCACACUGAAGGCAAUUGUUGCUUUGCUUAAGUAUGCUUGGACUGUUCCAAAAAAUACUCAGCUACCUUUUCAUAGGCUCAGCAAUUGGGAUCCGGACGUGUUUUACAAAUUUCGUGAUCCGAUACUACAACAGGUCUCCGCUUGUACAAUUAAAUUGCGAAAUGAUCUUUGCCGUAAUUUACCUCAAUUGUGGCGUCAGCAUUUCAUGUUGGAUAAAAACAAAGACGUGGCUUUUGAGGCAUAGAGCCGGACGUUGGCUGUGUUCAGUUGCCCUUCCAUAGGUUGGUCGUUUGUAUUAUGGAUUGAGGAUGUACCAAAAGGCGAUUCGAUUUUAUCAAACCUCAAUUGAAUGCAGUGGCGAGCAUCACGUAACCUUUCAUAAUAUGGGACUUUGUUAUUACUCCUUGUCACAAUAUCAACUAGCAUUCCAUCAUUUUGGCAAGGCUCUACUGCUGAAGAAUGAUUACACAAAAGCUCGUGCUUGGCAAGACAAGCUGCACCGUGAAAAGCCGUAUCAAUUUGAGGAUUUGAAAUGAUGAGGACGGUGUGGAAUCCGCAUGCUCGCAAAGGCAUCGGAUGGCCAUAGAAGACCAACAAAUCCCUGGCGCACGGCGGCUUAUCACGCACCUGCACGGGUGCGAACUCUGCAUGUCCGUAGAGGCGCCUUGCCGACUCGGUCGGUCACCGUGUGAAACGCGGCGCAUGUCACGGAAUCUCGGCGUGAGCUGCUGAAAUGCGAACGCUGUGACCGCACCGCUGCUGCCCUGGUACGUCCAAGUGUGCUGCCCUGGUACGUCCAUAGUGACCAUCUUAGCGUCGCGAGAGGCCGACUCGGAAGCCUGAGUUCUCGGCAUUUCUCGGCGAUGGGUUUAUCUCGAUGAGUCUGGGGCAUGUCUCCCCAUAUGAUUGGUGAGCACGGACGACAGCAAGAUUCAUACAUCUCGCUCUGCACCCCCAUCAUGGAACCGUAGAUCCUCGACAGCGUCCCGCCCAGGCCGCCCGGGCUGGCGAUGGGUCCUCGCGACUCGGAGCUACGGCCGGAGAGAAUAAGGUACGGUGGAAGAAAGCAAGGGACCCGGGAGGAGAGAAACCACCCCCACUCCCAAACACUGCACCAAGCACAAAAAAAAAAAAGUAUCUGAGGAGCUUGUUCCCUUAAUUUGUUAUUACUCUUAUUAUUAUAACAAGUAGGCCCUUCUUCUUCAAGUUCUUCUUUCUUUUAUUUUACUAGAAGUAUCCUAAUGGAUCUUUAAAGAUCCAUUAGGAGUAGGUCCUAGGACCCGGGGU